UGAGGGAGGCGGCGGCGGCGGCGGAGGAGGCUCGUGUGUGUCCCGGCGGGAGGGAGGGAUGUUCAAGAACACCUUCCAGAGCGGCUUCCUCUCCGUCCUCUACUCCAUCGGGAGCAAGCCGCUGCAGAUCUGGGACAAGAAGGUGCGCAAUGGACACAUCAAGAGAAUCACAGAUAAUGAUAUUCAGUCGCUGGUGCUGGAGAUUGAAGGAACCAAUGUCAGUACCACAUACAUCACGUGUCCUGCUGAUCCGAAGAAGACAUUGGGAAUCAAGCUGCCCUUCCUGGUGAUGAUCAUCAAGAACUUAAAGAAAUACUUUACUUUUGAAGUACAGGUGCUGGAUGACAAAAACGUCCGGCGGCGCUUCCGCGCCAGCAACUACCAGAGCACCACGCGCGUCAAGCCCUUCAUCUGCACCAUGCCCAUGCGCCUGGACGACGGCUGGAACCAGAUUCAGUUCAACCUGUCGGACUUCACACGCCGGGCCUACGGGACCAACUACAUUGAGACGCUGCGGGUCCAGAUCCACGCGAACUGUCGCAUCCGCAGAAUUUACUUCUCUGACAGACUCUACUCUGAGGACGAGCUGCCGGCCGAGUUCAAGCUGUACAUCCCAGUCCAGAACAAGGCCAAGCAAUGAUGCCGCCGCUCCAGGAAAGCCUCCCGAGAGAGACGCAUUGAGAAGAUGGAUGGAAGACGAGUGUGAGGGUUGUAUUUUUUUAAAGAGAGAAAUUAACACAAUAUAGAAGCUGAUUUCCAUAGGGUAACUUUUAUUUAAUAAUAAGAAUAAGAAUAAUAAAAUAUUGGCACCUGUACUGCUGGGACCGGACGCAGGCCAACGUUUUGGGCGAGAGGUGACCUGGGAUCAAGGUGAAGGUUUCCAAAGCGCCCCAAGCGGAACGGGAGGCCCUUCUGGCUGGAAUGAUUGUUUGGAGCAGCUGCAGGCGCCGGGGGUUUCCCUUCCGCACCCUCCUCCCUCCCCCCCUCCCCUCCCCCUGUUUUGAUGUGUGCUCCAACAAGUGUGGACUGCUUCCCUCCCGGACGCUGCUAUUAAAGAUUUGAUUUCCUUUGUAA